CGGCCACACUAUAAGAGGUCCAGCUGCGUCGUUGUAAAAUAUUUUCGAUGCUUCGUAGUUUGUUUUAUUUCAAAGGAAAUAGCAAUUAAUAUAGUUCUAAACGCGGAAUUAAAGGAGCAGUCGCCAAGCGGAUUGCAGGAUGAACAUAUACAACAAAUUGCGGGCCAGGGAGCACGGAUACGCUAAUGAGAGGACCUACGACUUCGCCCUACGUCGCCUUUCAGUGGCCAAGGAGGACAGCUGGCGGGGCAUCGCGCCGGCCAACUACUGCCCGGACUUCAAUCCGGAGCCGCCGAUCUUCUCGGCCAAGUUUGCCAACUGCGAUGGCUAUCGGCACAUCCUGGCGAUUGCCAACGAGGACGGCAAGAUCACGCUGCAGGACACCACGCAGCGGAACCACCAGCCGGAGGAGCAGUCCCUGGUGGGUCCCCAGUGCCACUACAACGCCGUUUUCGACCUGGAGUGGGCCCCCGGCCAGAUGCGCUUCGUCUCCGCCUCGGGGGAUCACACGGCCAGGCUUUGGGAGGUAGCUGGCUCUGGCAUCCGUGGGCUAAACUCGUAUGUGGGUCACACAAGAUCCGUGAAAUCGGCGGCCUUCAAACGCACUGACCCCGCUGUCUUCGCUACCGGCGGCCGUGAUGGGGCUAUUCUCAUCUGGGACAUCAGGGCAAACCUCAACAUGGACCUCACCUCGCGUGUGGACAACUGCAUCUACAGCGGCCACACAGGUGGACCGGGGACUCCAGUGUCUCAGCGAAAGCAGCGCACACGCACUCCCAAGAUGGCUGGUGGAACCACAUCGAGCAGCAUCACGGGCUUGGCCUUCCAAGACAACGACACGCUUAUCUCCUGUGGUGCCGGCGAUGGAGUCAUCAAGGUGUGGGACCUGCGGAGGAACUACACGGCCUACAAGAAGGAACCGCUACCCAGGCACAAGUUACCGUAUGCCGGCCACUCUACCUUUCGUGGAUUCACCAACCUUAUUGUGGACGCUUCGGGCACAAGAUUGUAUGCCAACUGUAUGGACAACACUAUUUAUUGUUAUAACCUGGCUUCCUACUCACCACGCCCGCUGGCCUGCUACAAGGGGCUGCUAAACUCGACCUUCUACAUCAAAUCGUGCCUCAGCCCGGACGGAAAGUAUUUGCUGAGCGGGAGCAGUGACGAACGGGCUUACAUCUGGAACUUGGAUCAUGCGGAGGAGCCACUGGUGGCCCUAUCGGGGCACACGGUGGAAGUGACCUGUGUGGCCUGGGGCUCCAGUCACGAUUGCCCAAUUGUCACGUGCAGCGAUGAUGCGCGUCACAAGAUCUGGCGGAUUGGACCCGAUCUGGAUGGCCUCAGUGAGGCGGAGCGAUCGGAAAAUUACCGAGGAACUGCCUCCUACGUCAGGGAGUUUGGCAAGAAGUCAUCUGGUCCAUCUAGUGGAAAUCACAAGUACAAUCUUCGAGAUCUGGAGUCUACGCCGCGGUCGCUGAAGCGCUUAAUGGACCAAAACGAACGCACACCUGGCUCAGUUGAAAAGACGACGACCAAGCGCUCGUUUCUGGAAAUGCUUGGCGUAGCUGGACAAGAGACGGAAGGCACAGACCAGCCACAAAAGCGACCAAAACCGUUGGAGUCCCGUGGCAGGCGGCUUUUUGGCCCUUCUAGCCAAGAUACGACUUGCAGGCACAUACAACUUCAGCCCAUAAACGAAGAAGACUCGUCCCCAAGUAAACGGCAAAAGGAGAAUUCAGCGGCGGAGGAUGUGUCACCAUUGCCCAAGCUCCUCAGUACGCCAGGUCAUUCGCCGUUAAGUGAAAAUGUCAACCACAUGUACACCUCCCCGCCAACCACCUCAGCGGCAGCAGCAGCCGCGGCGACAUCUGAGGCAGCCAACCCACCGCCUAUCUCCGCCAUAAUCUACUCGCCCACCUCCAACCUGCCCAACUACGUGCUGGAUGGUGAGGCACCCCACCUGGGCAUUAUGUCGCCCAAGCGGAAGGCCAAGGAGAAGGUGGACUGGCUGACAAAUAUCCGGAAACAGAAGCUUAUGAGUGGCAGGGCACACGUAACGCUAAGUGACAAGAUCAGCGAGGAGCAACAGGCUGAUGUUCUUGCAUCUCCUCGUCUCCAGAGUCUGCGGCAAUCCGAGUGCAGUCCCAGAUUGCAGGCCACGCCCCGCAGGCGCAUCUCACACACGGAUGCAGGUGGUGGCACACCAGGUUGCCACACACAACUUCAACCAAGAACCCCAACCUCUAGUAGGAGAAACAGCGAGACGACGCUCCUGCGCUUCUUUAGCAUUCAGCGGAGCAGCAGUGUGCCGGCGGAAGAGCCUGCGACGAACACAGCGACUGCGGUUCCAUCUUCCCCCGAUCCUCCGGCGGUGAGUGCUCCCGCUGCCACGGCCCUCAGCCUGCUUACGCCCACCACGGCUGUGGGCAGCGAUUGACGCGGAGCUUCGAGCUUUUUCUUACAUUCAUGGGGAAGGUCACAGCACCAAUAUUGCUCUUGUAGUUUUAAGCGGACAUUGUUUAAGUUAUUUUAUGUAGUUAGUAGGUUGCAUUUAUCGCGGGCCGAGUUGGUAACCAACUCCCCGCUGUUUGUACAGCGCUCAUACAAAAGACUAACGUAUCCAAAUAAAAGUAAAUCAAUUUUAAA